UUAAGAGAGGUUAGGCUAGGUUAGGUUAGAUUAGGUUCAGUUAAGAUCUGUCAAAAUUACUUCACUGUCAAUAAAAGAUGACAACUCCCUUUCAAACGCAACUUUUAAGCAUUUUAGGAAAUAAGACGAAAUAUUUGGCAGAAUUAAAAAAGACAUUCGCGCGUCCAUUAAUACAACUUGCAGUGAAAGCUAUAGAAUUGGAACAUAUAGAAGAAGGUGUACUUGAGCGAAUAAGUAAGAAAUAUAACAUAUCUGAGGAGUAUGUAGAUGAAUACUAUGCUGCUAUUCUUACAAUUUUGAAAGUACAUCUACGUUUACAAUGUCAUGAUAUCAAGCCUGCAGAAUUUAAACAAUGUUUGGAAGAAUUAAAAUUGACUCCAGACUGUAUAGAAGAUUUAGCCUCUGUAAUUUAUGGUCCAAAGCGAUUGGAUCUCUUGUCCGGUUUAAUUCAAACAACAAAAUUUAAUCCACAAUUGAUUUCUUGCAGAUGGCGUGUGGAUAUUACAAUCUCUUCUAAUAUAAUAAAUAGAGUGCUAGAACCAAAUAUUGUGAUGGAAUGGAUUUUCAAUACAGGCAAAUGUGUAAUAUUCGAAUUGUCUUUGGCAAAAUUUCACCAAUUAAGGCAUACUAUAGCCACCAUUCUUGUCGAAUUACAAGCUUUGGAACGGCACAGUAUUUUCAAAGCUGUCCAGUCCAGCUGACAAUUGUGAUACCUCGUUAUUAAAAAACUUUAAGAUACAAAUAUAUUAAAACAUAUAAAAAGAUAUACAAAAAUAUUAAAACUCGCUAUGUAAUUGCAAUCCACAAAUUUUUCUACAUGUAUGUGAGAAAAUAUAAUUUACAUAUAUCUGUAUAGCUUUAAAUAUAGUAUUGGACUUAAU